AUGACGCUGAAGGGUCGUGUAAUUCGGUUUUUGCGUCCCUGCAGGGGUGGAGUCCGGUUCGAGACUGGUCAGACACAGGCUGCACCCACCCGAGUAGCCGAAUCCACAGAUGGGAAAACAGCAAAUAUUAUUGCCGGGAAUCGCUCAGCCAAAAGUGGAGCCUCUGUCAUUGUGCAUGUACGUUUUAUUCUUUCUCCAGUUUUUUUGCUCACACGAGUCAAAAGAGUGCGUGCUAAAAUUAAUCAGUGGGUUUACAAAGGAAUGGAAGUAAGCGAUGUGAGUUUGUGUAAGUAA